AUGCUGUUCUCUGAGGACCUCUCAACAUCAUCUGGCUUCUACAGCAGUGCACCAGCUACUCUGACCUCUCAAAGCUCAUUGGAAAAGGAAUGCAGUCUUAGUGACAGCAGCCAGCAUGGCUUCUCCUCCCUUCUGACUGCUGAAGAUAUCACACACGUGUCAUGUCACAGUUCUUUCCUGCAACUCCACCAGUGCACAGAGCUGCCAGCUGAGCUGGGUGGGGAGCUGUGCUUGCAGACCUCCUUCCCUGGAUCUGGAAGAAAUUGGUUUGUGGGAAAUCCGUUCCAGUCUUUGGUGCUGCAGAGUCCAGAUAAUAAUUCCCAGCCUCUUACCAGUUACUCUGCAUGGGAAGAGGGCUGCAGUUCUGACAAGGAGGUGAAGAGUUGCUGGCAGCAAGCAGAGAAAUACUGCCUGCAGAGGUGCUUCAUUGUCUGGUCAGCUCAAACUCAACAUCGUGUCAAGGCCCAGCAGUACUGCAGGCGCAUUCGGCUGUCUCGAGCCUUUCUCAGCUGGCACCACUGGGUCAUGGAAUAUAAGAACCAAAAAGCAGCAGCAGCCCUAAAGCAUGGAGUUCAUUGUUCCCAGAUGGCUUUCAGCCUGUGGAAAAGGAGACUGGCCCAGAAAGUGGAAGUUGACCGGAGAUUCAGGUCUCAUGCUCACCAGAAGACUGCUGAUGCUCUGUGGCGUUGGCAUUCCUGCUGGCAAAGGAAGCGUGCUCUGGGAGAUCUGCAGCAGCAAUGGGCUUGGCACAGCUGCCAGAAGAAGAAAAGGCUGGUUCUGCAGACAUGGUAUUACCAAACAAGGAAGCAGAAAUAUGCUGUUUUAUUCUGGGAACGUUUUCUCCUGCACAGGUGCCUUGUCGCUUGGGCCCAGGUCACUGCAUGUAGACAGAGGCAGCACGAAGCCCUCUCUUACUUUAAAAGAGUCAGAGAGCACCGUCUCCUGGUUGUGAGCUUUACUAAGUGGAGGGACAAACUCUUGAGAGCUGAACAAGUGCGAGGAGGGAGAAACCACAAGUGGCAGGAGCCCUCUCCAGGUAAAGCCUGUCACCGCUGGCGAGUGGCUGCAAGAGGACAGCAAGCCCUGCGCCUGGGAUCGGCGGCUACUGUCAAACAAGCCUGCAACUACUGGACCAGAGCAGCUGCCUUUUCCCAGUGCUUACGGCAGCGCAGUACCCUCAUAGGCAUUAGGAAAAGAAGGAAGAUGUCUCUGUCUUGGUCCACGAGAGGCAGAAGAGGCAGAGAAGAUUCAGCAGCAACUGGACUUUUUCCCAGUGCCAUUCAGCGUUGGCUGGUGAUCUACAGGAGCCAAAACAGGGCUGAAAGGCUGCUGGAGAGACCUGGUGUAGUAGGACCCUCUCGUGCACAUGUAAGGAUCCAGGAGAACACAGCAGAGGUGGACUUGGAGGAGUGGGCUAAGAAGUGGCUUGGGAGGAAAUAUCUGAGGUGGUGGCAUCACACAGUGGUAAUGCGCCGGUGCCAGCAUGACAGGAAACUGCUCUGUCUGGCAAGGGGAUGGCAUCAGUGGAGGGAAGCCAGCAGGGUGGUGAUACUGGCUCAGGUGUUGGACCAGCAGUGGCUGAUAGAAAAGGCCUGGAGGGUGUGGAGACGAAGAUAUUUGCAAAGCUGUGUGGUGCAGAAUAUUCUAAAGGAGGAAGCCAGGAGCCUCCUGUCUCAGGCCUUUGGAAGGUGGUGGCAGCUCACAGCAUUCCGGCGCAAGGACAAAGGAUCCUGCUGAAUGGAGGAGGCCUGCCUGCAGCUGCUGCUCAUUUCAGGGCACGUGGAGGAUAUGGUGUCUGUCACAACAAAGAGCUGGUCCUGUGCCAUCAACAAAGAGAACACUCUGCUCUUAUAAUAAAAGCAGUGCUUCUGGACAGAAGGAUGACAGCCAAAGAACAACCAGGAGGAGAUGGUACCUAAUGAAAGGUCCUCUUUAAAGGACUUGUAUCCUACCUCCUUAGCAGCACAAAUGGAGAAGUUACAGUUUUCAGCUUGCAUUCUCUUCAUCUCUGGACCCUGCUUUUGCUGGAGUUCUGAUUAAAAGUCA